GGAACCCACUCAACUCACACUGUUCCCCACCAACCACAUUACAAAGACCACCACCACCACCUCCGUCUCCGGGGACCUGUCGGAUAUAAAACAGAGAACAUUACCCCUCUACAGACUCGGGUUGGUCCAGGAUGCUUGUUAUUAGAGGAACAAGUAUUUUUAAAGGCAUCAGGCCCGUCCGAUCCAGUGGCUAUCUUUCCUAUCAUCAAUCGCAGUCAAUAUCGUGUCCUAGCUUGACCUUUAGAAGGUCGAUCAUCUCGUUAUCAUCACCACACCAUACACGCAAACCCCAUCAUCUCUCUUUUCGACCCCCCAUUCAACAUCGCACAUUUACUCACUCCACAUCAACACAUCUCCGACUAUUCCCCAACACCAAAUCCACCAUGUCAGGCCCCCCAUUCAAUGCCCUAACCCUCUACACGGCUGGCACACCCAAUGGCUUCAAACCGACGGCCGUUCUCGAGGAGCUCGGCCUGAAAUACGAUGCCGUUGCCAUUGACAUGUUUAAGAACGAGCAGAAGGAACCAUGGUUUAUUGACAUCAACCCCAACGGAAGAAUCCCCGCUCUCAAAGAUGGCGAUAUGCGCGUCUUUGAAUCUGGUGCCAUUAUGCUGUAUUUGUUCGAUCAGUACGACAAGGAUAAAGUCCUUGGAUAUGACAUCUCCAAGGGAGGCAAGGAAGCAGAGUUUUACUAUGAGAUGAUGAGUUGGUUGAUGUUUCAAAUGGCUGGUGUGGGACCAAUGCAAGGCCAAGCAAACCACUUCCAAGUCAUGGCUCCCGUCUACUCCGCCUACGGCAUCAAACGCUACACAGACGAAACCCGCCGCUUGAUCAGCGUGUUGGAAAUCCGUCUUUCCAAGGCCGACUGGCUGGCCGGUGAUAAAUACACACUCGCCGACAUUGCCAACUAUUCAUGGGUCUCUAUUUCGCCCUUGCUCGACAUCGAUUUGUCCGAAUACCCUGGCGUUCAGAGAUGGAUCGCGCGAAUCUCCGCUAGAGACGCUGUUAAACGUGCGAAACUGGUUCCUCAGGGAAAGACUCUUGGUGAAGAAGGCUUCAAGGAGAUGUUUGAUAAGGGGAAACAGAGGCUGGCGGCUCUCAGGGGGACUGAUAAGGAGGAUAGUUGACUGGAGUCAAGUGAGAGGGAGUAGGAGAGGGAGUGGGUUGAGGGAUAGAAGAGCAAAGGUGGAAAUACUAAAUUCCCCUCUCAUAUACCAGAGGUAGACAAGACAUG